GGGGGGGAGCAUCUUGAUGUUUUUAAUUCAUCCUGUUGUUUCCUUCUCCAUUACUACCUUUUCUAUCAAUGUAUCACUGUAUUUUUUUUUUGGUACCGGGGAUCAAACUUAGGUCCUUGCGCUUGCUCAGCAGGCAGCGAAACCACUGAGCUAAAUCCCCAGCCCUCACUGUAUUUUUUUAAUAUGCGCUUGACCUCCUGAAGUUACUACACUUUCACUACUUCCUAAUAAAGAUGCAACUUACAACAGUUAAUUCCUCUUAUUCCCCUUGCUCUUUGAGCUGUUGCUGGCAUGUAGUUUAUCUCUACAUAUUAUAAACCUCAGAUCAUGAGGAAAACACUUUAAAAUGUAUUCAUUCACUUAUUUAUACUUUCUGGGCCUCUUUUUUUCUUUCCUGCAGUUAUGAGAUCCUUUUAAUUUGACCUGAAAUACUUCUUUUACAUUUUUUUUGUGCAGGUUUGCUUGCGUUAGAUUCUCUCAUAUUUUAUCUGAAAACAAAUUUAUCUUGACUUCCUUUGUAACAAAUACUGUAGUUAUACUAUCAACAGAUAAGUUAGUAAAAAUAUUAUAGACAGACAGAGCUAGGCCCUAGAAAAAAUCAAUAGAAAAGAUGAAAACACAUUACACCUGUGGCUGGAGACACAUGUUAGAGGUCAGUCCUCAAGAUAAAAACGAAACAGGGCCAGGGAUUUAGCUCAGCGGUUUUGCCGCUUGCGCACAAGCGCAAGGACCCAAGUUCGAUCCACGGUACCAAAGAAAACAAAAACAAAACAAAAAAAACCCCGAAAUGACCAGGCCUAUGUACUUUCUCCAAGGGAUAAGAUGUAGCAACACCUGGUCCAAUAAUGUCUUGACAGACAUGUCACCCUGGUGGGUGACAAAGAUCUCCAGAUUCAUCCCUUCCUAAAAAAGUUCUUUCCAUAUACAGUACGCUUACUACAUGACCUGCUUCCACAUUAGAUCAAUAUUACCUACGUGGUUAUACUUAUAACCCUACUGGUUGAUCAUAGUUUUGUCCCACAUUGUUCCCACCUGGUGAUUAUGCAGCCACCCUGUGAUUUUGCUGUAUAAAACUUCCCUUGUAAAGUGGGGUCUGUGGCAACCCACUCAAGCCUCCUCCUGUCUCUAAGGAGGUAAAAUCUCUCCCUCUCAAUAAAUAUUUCCUAGUCUUAUUGUUCCUUAAAAUUUAUUCUUCAAUUUUGGGGAACACGAACUUGAUGAAUCUCCUAGGUCCUGUCAGUUGGGUUUAGCAGUUUGCUUUUCAGCACUUUACGAAUGCUUUUCCAUUGUCUUUUGGUUCCCCUAAGUUCUGCUAAAUUAGCCCCAACCUAAUGAUCUUUUGGGUAAUGGGUCUUUUCCCUUUGGCACUUUUAAGGUUUUCUCAUUAACUACUGAUUUUCAGUUUUACUUUGAUGUGACAUUGCAGUUUUCUUUGUAUAUAUUCUGGCUUGAUUUUGCUGAACUUGGCUAUUGCAUGUUAGAUUUAUGCCUAAUAUCGUCGUCUAUCAGGGAGAGGCCCUCUCCUAAUUAGUCAAGCUGCCGGGGGUGUGGGGGGGUGCUGAGUUGGAGAUGCAGAGUUGGUUUCUGCAGUCCAUUCCACUUUGGGCCCAGACCAUUGCUGCUGAGCUUCUGAGAACCCUCGACUGACCAUGUGGGCCUCGGUCAGCCUUUAGGACGCUGGCUCAGCUCUUUAGCUUCUCUUCCAAAAGACCCACAAAACCCGGCAAAGGUCUUCGGGAGGCUAUGGCCCUGGGUGCACACCUGCUGCGCGGCCUGCAGUCCUUCAAGCUCACCGCCCCUCAGGCCCCAACCUUCAUGCAUUCGUUCGCCUGAAAGAAGCGAGGCCCUGGCCUCUUCACAGGCUUUUUUCCAGGACACUCCACAGGUGCACUGCGGCAUCACUGGCUCCACAGGGGUCCUCGGUCCCAGACGUGCAUGGCUGUACGCAAGCUGAGUGGUCUUCAAGAUGCAGGGGCCGGGGCCGGCCGCCCCACCUCACGCUACCGCGCGCCGGGACCUCACAAGGACGCUCGGCGCUGCCGUCUCGCCCUUAAGUCCUCGUCCGAUCUGCGGAAUCCGCGCAGUCUCCCACUGGCCGCCGCGCGAGCCCCAGAAGCGACGCCUGUUCCUUAAAUCAGCGAGACGCGAGAGGACCCGCCAGGCACCACAGCUGCAAAAGCGACAGCCAGAUAUCUCAGCUCUCUAAACCCGAAGCCCGAGAGGCGUGGCCAUGAAGUGCGCUUGCGCCUAGCCCUGGGCGGGGCCUUCCCCAAGGCCUGCGUGUGAGCCUUGUGCCUGUGUGUAGAUCCUGAGCGGUGGUUCUACUCCAGACAGCGAGGCACGUGCGGAGUGCGCCUGCGUGGGACACAGAGCCCUGAGCGGAACCCACUCCUCAGUCUGUGCGCACUGCGCUUGUGUGGGUGGAGGGCAGUGGCACAGGCACCGGGUUGGGACUGGACGCCCGUCUGAGGUGCAGACGCUUCAUUCAAGGGAGAAACACGGCUGAGGUAGGUUUUCUGGUGGGCAGCUCAGGCGGCUGCGCUGCAAGUGAGGCAGGACAUCCUAAAUGAGGGAUCCUCGCCUGAGUACAGGUUGCUGGUGGCCCGAGGCCUCCGCUGCCUUUCGAGAAGUCUGCGAGCCUAGUGUUGGCUCCGAGCCCUGGGCCCACCGCGAGCUCCGCGUCCGCCCCGCCCCUUCCCAACGUCCGGCCCCACAGUAUUUCCCAUGACCACGCCCACGUUCGUGCCUGCUGGAACCCUUUGAAUGGGAGCCACGCCCCCACCCCGCACCCAGACACUUGGAGAGUCCUGUCUGCUCCAGUCGCCUCAGCCAUCCCUGGCUCAGGCUUUCCCUUGAAAAUGUACAUAAACUAGUAUCAGCCUUGAUUUAGAUGGAAAGCACAAUUUUAAACAAAGAAUUGCUUGUAAUUGAAAAUACACACAUCCUAGAGGUUGAGGAGAGAGAAAGGGUCUGGGUGAGCUGGCCUCCGUUUUGCAGGUGAGAACACAGGGAAGGCCAGACAGGGGACUUUAAAUGGAGUCAAAGCUGUCAGAGUCCCAGGGAGAGAAUGGGCUUGGAGCUAUUGCCGCAAAUCAGCAUGGUGAUGUAACAAACUAACAACCUGUGGAAUAAGAUUAACACCGUGUGGGAAGUAGAGAGAGCACAAAUUGAAGUUCAUAUAAUUUUAAAUGCUUUUAAUUGUCUCCGAAGAUUUGUGAUGAUAAAUUACAUUUCUAUACUAUUGACACACAUACACCCCCCACCCCCGUACCUGCGAUCAAACUCAGGACCUUGUGUUUGUGAUGCAGGUGCGGUGCCCCUAAGCCAAAUCCCUGGCCUGGCACACAUACUUUUUUGAUAGAGGACCUUUAUCAAGGGAUUUAGUGGUGAAGUGAAUUUAGUUAUCAAGCAGUGUAACGUGUACUUUGUGUUUUUCUCUUUUAAAGUAGAUAUGGACGGGAAAAUGAAAUAAUAAAAGCAUCAGAUAUGAGGCAGUGCUUAAGUGAACUAUGGUGACACCAGCUGACUGCCCCCAAAGUGAAUUAUAGGUAACUGUGGUUCUGGAGCAGGAAGAGGAGCCCAUGGGGUUCGGCGAGGCCCAGCUCCUACAGGAGAGUGUGCAGCCACAGCCAGAGGAGUUUGUAGCCAUUGCGGACUAUGCUGCCACUGAUGAGACCCAGCUCAGUUUUUUGAGGGGAGAAAAAAUUCUUAUCCUGAGGCAAACCACAGCCGACUGGUGGUGGGGUGAGCGGGCAGGCUGCUGUGGGUAUAUUCCAGUGAACCACGUGGGGAGGCAGGCGGAGGAGCGUGACCCCGAGGACACAUGGCAGGAUGAGGAGUACUUCGGGAGCUACGGGACUCUGAAACUUCACUUGGAAAUGUUGGCAGACCAGCCACGGACAACAAAGUACCACAGUGUUAUCCUGCAGAACAAGGAGUCCCUGAAGGGCAAGGUCAUCCUGGAUGUUGGCUGUGGCACUGGCAUCAUCAGCCUAUUCUGUGCACACUAUGCACUGCCCAAGGCGAUGAUAUAUGCUGUGGAGGCCAGUGAGAUGGCACAGCACACGGGCCAGCUGGUCCUGCAGAAUGGCUUUGCCGACACCAUCACUGUGUUCCAGCAGAAGGUGGAGGAUGUUGUGCUGCCUGAGAAAGUAGACGUGCUGGUGUCCCAGUGGAUGGGGACCUGCCUACUGUUUGAGUUCAUGAUUGAGUCCAUCUUGUAUGCCCGGGAUGCGUGGCUGAAGGAGGAUGGGGUCAUCUGGCCGACCACAGCUGCCCUGCACCUGGUGCCCUGAAGUGCUGACAAGGACUACCACAGCAAGGUGCUCUUCUGGGACAAUGCCUACGAGUUCAACCUCAGUGCACUCAAGUAG